GUAACUUUGGUGGGCGUGUCUGUUGUCAGAGGUCAUGUGACCAACUGAAAGUCAUAUCUCUAUAAAAUCCCGUCAGACAACACGCUGGAUCUCUCCCAUCGUUUCCCACGGAGACUCAAUCAUUCUCGGUCUGGCUGUGUUACGUGAAUCAUGGCAGACCAGGCUUUUGUCACACUUGCUACAACUGACAACUAUGCCAAAGGAGCAAUGGUACUUGGCAAGUCUUUAAGGAACCACAGCACAUCCAGAAAACUUGUGGCUCUGAUUGGCCCCCAUGUCUCGGAACCCUCCAGAGCAGUGCUUCAUAAAAUCUAUGAUGAGGUCAGGCUGGUGGACUUGCUGGACAGUGGGGACAUGGCACACUUGGCCAUGAUGAAAAGACCCAACUUGGGUGUCACUUUCACCAAACUCCACUGCUGGACCCUUACAGAGUACUCCAAAUGCGUGUUUAUGGAUGCAGAUACUUUAGUUUUGUCUAAUAUAGAUGAAUUGUUUGAGAGAGAAGAGUUCUCUGCUGCACCAGAUCCCGGCUGGCCUGAUUGCUUCAACUCUGGUGUGUUUGUUUUCCGCCCUUCCAACGAGACGUAUGGGAAGCUUCUCUCCACCUGCUCAGAGAAUGGCAGCUUUGAUGGUGGUGAUCAGGGAGUUCUCAACAGCUUCUUCAAUGAUUGGGCAACAGCAGACAUUUCAAAACACCUUCCUUUCAUUUACAACCUCAGCAGCAUUUCCAUCUACACCUAUCUUCCGGCAUUCAAGCAAUAUGGCCAUGAUGCCAAGGUAGUACAUUUCCUUGGCAAAGUCAAACCGUGGGAUUAUAGUUAUGACACAACAAGCAAAGCAAUAAAAGGACAGUCCCAGGAUGCUUCUGACAUGCACCCCAACUACUUGCUUCAGUGGUGGGACCUUUUCUCUUCUUCAGUAUUCCCCCUCAUGAAAGAAGAGUAUGGUGACCAGCCCUUCAAUUCCGGAUGCACGGAGAGUGAUAUUCACGCUGAUGUUGCGAAGAUGGACAUAUCCCACCAUCCCCCUUCUGAGGUGUCAUCACAAGAGCGGAAACAGAAGUGGGAACAGGGCCAAGCUGACUACAUGGGACUGGACUCUUUUGAAAACAUAGAAAAAAAGCUUGAUUCCUUCCUGAAGUGAGAGAUGCCUAUGAAUGCAUUAUCAGACAUAGUUUUGUACUAGGGUGCAUAUAGGGCAUGAAAUAACAAAACACUUGAAGGGAUGGUACACCCAAAAAAAAUUUAGUCAACCCCAUGUUGUUUGAAACCCUUUAUGACUUUCUUUCAUGGAAUACAGAAGCAGUAUAUUAGUUUGUCACCAUUCAAUUUCAUUGCAACUUUUUUUCCAUACAAUGUAAUUGAAUGGUGACUGAGGCUAACAUCUGCUUUUGUGUUUCACAGAAAAUGAGCUUGGAACAACAUGAGGGAAAUAAUUUUUAUUUCAGGGUGAACUAAACCUUUAUAUACAUCCUCUGGUUUUUAUACCAGUUCCAACUGUCUAUGCAGCUUGACCAUUCAACCUCUUUCACUCUGCGAUUUGCAACCGUUAUUUGAAUGACACAACUUCUAACUUGGCGUUUUCUCCACUGGCCUCAUUUCCUGAGGUGGUGUGACACCAUGAAGGCAAUCUGUCACUGAACAAGACACUACAGUUACUUUUUUAUUAUUAUUCAAAGUACUGUAAUUUAAAUGUUAUGUUCAUAGAAAUGUCAAGUUUUGCCUUUUUUUGUGUGUGGUGAGGAUCAGAAACAUUCAAAAACAUCAUACAGCAAACUAUGCCAAAACAAACCAUUUAAAUGUCUUUUACAUCCAAAGUAUACUGCUUGCCACUCCACAUUUAAGUCUCUAAUCCCCACCUUAUCUAUGAUAUUCUGUUUACAAGACUCUUUGUUCACACCCACUCCCCUAAAUAGUCAUUACUGGCUCUGAUACACAUCAGUAACUCUUACUGUGUGAACCAAGGUCACUCCACUCUUGCUCACUGGCCAGUCACUCCCUGUACCAAGGUUAAGGCAAAAAUGGUUUCGCUAUACUUGGUUUCAACUUGUACUACUGUUUAUGCAGUCUCUGUAGCUGUUGAUGGUAACUACUACUACUAAUGUCUCCAAAUCCCCUGUAACUCUGCCCCUCAACCUGCAACAUCUGAAAUAAAAAAAAAAACCUAAA